AUGCUCUCAUGCUCUCAGAUAUGCUUUCAUGCUCUCAGGUAUGCUUUCACGCUCUCAGGUAUGCUCUCAGGUGUGCUCUCAUGCCCUCAGCUUGUGCAUUUAAAGGCUGCUGCUGUUCGCCUGCCAGAUGCGAGCAAGGCUGCCGACCGUAAGGCUGCUGCUGUUCGUCUGCCAGAUGCGAGCAAGGCUGCCGACCCCUGUUCCACUCCUCACUCCGUUUCCUCUCCUCGCCCCAUUUUCCUGUCCUCUUCCGCGUUUCCUCUCCUCGCCCCGUUGUGCUCUCCUCGCCCCGUUUUCCUCUCCUCUCCCCGUUUUCCUCUCCUCUCCCCGUUUUCCUCUCCUCGCCCCGUUUUUCUCUCCUCUCUGCCUCUCCUCUCCCUCGCUGGUCCCUGCAAAUAA